AUGCUCCCCACAGCCCUCGCCCCCCUCCUAACCCCCAACUUCCUCACCCCCUACACCGCCGAAAUGGACCUCGACCAACUGCCCCAACUCCUCAUGUGGUACCAACUGGGCCUGCUCAACGGCGCGGAGAUGCAGCGGCUGAUGUAUAGCUUGACGCGGAGGAGGGGGAAUCGACAUUUCCAUUGGCAUCAGGGGGGCGGCAUGGGGAUGGGGAUGGGGAUGGAUCCGCGGUUGUUGAUGUUGAUGAAUGCUGGGGGGAUGGGUGGGAUGGGGGGUAUGGGUGGCGCGGGGUGGGGUAUGGGUAUGGGGAUGGGGGGUGGUAUGGGAGGAUUGGCCGGAUUGGGUGGUCUUGGUGGUAUGGGCGGUCUGCCGGGGAUUGUGGGGGUCAAGCAGUUGUUGUUGCAGAGUCCUUUUGCGAGGAAUUUGUUCUGA